AUGGCACUUGUAAACAUCCAAAAUAUUUAAUUCUAAAACAAUCCUAGUCCGUUUUAAAGUCCUUUAAGAUUAGAUAUAACAUUCGAAUGUCUGAAAUAGAUACCUGAAGAAAUCGAAUGGUAGCUAAUAUAUAUUGGAUCAGCAAAAGAUGAAUUAUACGACUAAGUUCUUGAUAAAUUUUCAAUGGGUGAUUUAGACCAAGGAGUAAUGUAAUUUACAAUAGAAAGUAAUCCUCCAGAUCAUACUAAAAUACCUUCGAAAGAAGAUUUACUAGGAGUAACAGCAAUAAUACUUACAGUAUCUUACAGAAACUAGGAAUUUUUCAGAGUAGGAUAUUAUGUAUAUAAUCAAUAUACAGAUCCAGAGUUAAUAGAAAAUGAUCCUACAGAAGUUCUUAUAGAUAAAGUAGAGAGAAAUAUUUUAGCUAAUUAACCAAGAAUAACACAUUUUAAUAUAAAAUGGGGUAAUGAAGAAGAGAAAAUUCCAGAUUAAAAUAAUAAUAAUUUUAACAAUGUAAUGUAAGAUAUGUAAUAAUUAAAUAAUCAUAUGCAAAAUAUGUUACCAAACCCUUUUUAAAAAUAUGAGACUAUAGAUAAUAAUAACUCUACUAAUAAUAAUUAUAUGUUUGCCGAAGGAUUAAAUAUUCCAAUGAGUAAUGCUUUUUAAACUUUAAAUUGUAUGAAUCCUUAUUGA